AUGUUUGUUCGAAAGUGGAUUUUCUUGGAUACACAUUUCGAAGGUGAAUGGCUUCUUGGGCAAUAUUUCGGAAGUAUGAAAAAGUUAACUUUUUUUUAUUCGUUUGUAUAUCUUAGCUUCGAGGGUAUUUUUUUUAUAUUUUGUCUUGCGGACGAAAAUUCGUUCCGAAAUUUUGAAGUCUACGAAAGCGACUUCUUUUUUAAAGGUUUCUCUCUUGGAUUUGAACGCCCGAUUUUGUUCAAAAAGACCUUAUUUAUUGGCUCUGGAGGAUCCGCUUCUGUUUUUAUCGCAAAUUGGAAGAAUACGAAGAAUACGCCAACAAAAUAUGUAAUUAAAAGAUAUGUCGAUAAAAAGAGCUACCCUAGUGUUUCGGUUUUCGCCUAA